AUGGUGCAACUUGAUUCUGCUCCAGCCCUUCUGGUGGUCGACAUGCAAAAUGGCUUCUGCCACGAAAAGGGCAGCUUUGCACAGAUAGGUAUGCAGAGCGAGCCAAGCUCGAUUAUUCCGAAAAUCAACGAACUACGCUCCGCUUUCCGCGCCGCCAAUAUGCCGGUCUUUUUCCUAAGAACAAGCUACAACGCCGACUACUCUAACAGGCGCGGCCGCGAUAGAGGGGACAAGAUUGAACGGCUGCAUGGUCUUGUGCAAGAUUCUUGGGAUGCCGAAAUUCUCAACGAACUUACGCCCGAAUCUGACGAAGCUGUCAUCGACAAGACGAGAUUUUCUGGUUUCUUCAAUACAACACUUGAAGAGGCCUUGAAGGAACGUGGUGUUAAUCAUGUCGUUCUAACAGGAGUAGGGACGGAUGUCUGUGUCGAAACGACGGCACGAGACGCAUAUAUGAGGAAUUUUGGCACGACGACUGUUAGUGACGCAACAGGAACAUGCACUGAGGCAGAUCAUUUAGCCGCUUUGCACGCCCUACGAAUAUUCGGUGGUACGGCUUCGACGGGAGAAGUGAUUGAAGCUCUGCGCUCGCGCAAUUAA